ACUCUGGUUAAUAUUUUCUUUAAGUUCUCCUAUUAAAUUAAAAUAAACUUACAAAGAAUCCUUAACCCCCAAAAUAACUUUCCUUCAAUAUCAAUAUAUAAAAAACCAUGUUUUGUAAUAUAAACAUAAACAAGCUUCAAAUUGGCUAUAUUGUACAUUUGUGUAAAAGUGGGCGAAACCAAAUGUUUUAUAUAUUUCCUGCAUAAAGAAUCCGUAUGAAUGUUGCCUGAUAUCUCAGUACAAGCUUUGUCUCCUUUUCCGGAGAUACAGUCCAGCAGUAAUCCAUGUAAACCCAAGCGGAAGUUUGGUUUUCCUCGGCAGGAAAUUGUCAGCAGUGUUUUUGUUGCUAGUAGGGACUGUUGUGUUGUGAAAAUGGCGACGCCUCGUCGCUCCUCUCAGCAGCAACAACAACCAAGCUCCCUCCUGUCCUCCCCGCCCCGCGGCUCCUCUAUCCCCGUCACCCCUCCUGGCUCUCCGCCGGCACCCACCGACGAUGCCACCCCGCUUCCCCACCGAGCCGCGAUGGAGAACGCGGCUGACGGCGAGGCAACCCCGGCCUCUCCCACCACCACUUCUCCAGCUCUGGCCCUCACCACCAGCAGUAGCAGCAGCAGCAGUACUAGCAGCAGCGCUAGCUCCCCGACCACUACAGAGGGUAGCGGGACCAGCCCUGGCUCUACGCCCGACUCGGGUAGCGGCAACCCGGGCAGUAGCGGCAGUAGCAGCGGUAGCAGCGGCGGAGGUGGUGGUGCAAAUGGGGCUUUCAGGGAGCUGUUUGAAGCCUGUCGAAACGGGGAUGUUUCGAGGGUAAAGAAACUCGUGGAUGCGGUGAAUGUGAAUGCCAAAGACAUGGCAGGACGCAAGUCGACUCCCCUACAUUUCGCUGCAGGUUUUGGCCGGAAAGACGUGGUGGACCACUUGCUUCAGACAGGCGCUAAUGUGCACGCCCGGGACGACGGGGGUCUGAUCCCUCUCCACAACGCCUGCUCGUUCGGUCACUCUGAGGUGGUGUCCUUGUUGCUGUGUCAGGGGGCCGACCCCAAUGCUCGAGACAACUGGAACUACACACCGCUACACGAAGCUGCCAUCAAGGGCAAGAUAGACGUCUGUAUAGUGUUACUGCAGCAUGGAGCUGACCCCAACAUCCGCAACACCGACGGCAAGUCUGCCCUGGACCUGGCUGAACCCUCCGCAAAGGCCGUGCUCACAGGUGAAUACAAGAAGGAUGAGCUGCUGGAGGCGGCGAGGAGUGGGAACGAGGAGAAGCUAAUGGCUUUGCUCACUCCGCUCAACGUCAACUGCCACGCAAGCGACGGCCGCAAGUCCACCCCACUCCACCUGGCAGCAGGAUACAACAGGGUGAGGAUAGUUCAGCUGUUACUACAGCACGGAGCAGAUGUCCACGCCAAGGACAAAGGUGGUCUGGUGCCUCUACAUAAUGCCUGCUCCUAUGGACACUAUGAAGUUACUGAGCUUCUGCUAAAGCACGGAGCGUGUGUUAAUGCCAUGGAUCUGUGGCAGUUCACCCCGCUCCACGAAGCGGCGUCUAAAAACCGAGUGGAGGUCUGCUCUCUGCUGCUGAGCCACGGGGCCGACCCGACCCUGCUCAACUGCCACAGCAAGAGCUCCGUGGACAUGGCGCCCACUCCUGAGCUGAAGGAGAGACUUACAUAUGAGUUUAAGGGACACUCGCUGCUUCAAGCUGCUCGAGAAGCUGACAUGGCCAAGGCUAAGAAGACCCUGGCACUGGAGAUCAUCAACUUCAAACACCCUCAUACACAUGAGACCGCACUGCACUGUGCAGUAGCAUCACCUCACCCCAAAAGGAAACAGGUGACGGAGCUGCUGUUGAGGAAAGGCGCCAAUGUCAAUGAGAAGAAUAAAGAUUUCAUGACCCCUCUCCAUGUGGCAGCAGAGCGAGCUCAUAAUGACAUUAUGGAGGUGCUACAGAAACAUGGUGCCAAGGUGAACGCACUGGACACUCUGGGUCAGACGGCAUUGCACCGCGCUGCGCUGGCAGGCCAUCUGCAGACUUGCAGGCUGUUGCUAGGAUACGGGGCAGACGCCUCGCUGGUGUCACUGCAGGGCUUUACUGCUGCUCAAAUGGGAAAUGAAGCUGUUCAGCAAAUCCUCAACGAGAACGUCCCGGUGAGAAACUCCGAUGUGGACUACAGACUUCUUGAAGCUGCUAAAGCCGGAGACCUGGACACUGUCAAGUCACUGUGUACGGCUCAGAAUGUGAAUUGCAGAGAUCUGGAGGGACGACACUCCACGCCUCUUCACUUUGCUGCUGGCUACAACAGAGUGUCAGUGGUGGAGUACCUCCUGCACCACGGGGCCGACGUGCACGCCAAGGACAAAGGCGGUCUGGUUCCCCUCCAUAACGCCUGUUCGUACGGUCACUACGAGGUGGCCGAGCUGCUGGUCAGACACGGAGCCUCAGUCAAUGUGGCCGACUUGUGGAAGUUCACGCCGCUCCAUGAAGCUGCUGCCAAGGGCAAAUAUGAGAUCUGCAAACUGCUGCUCAAGCACGGAGCGGACCCCACCAAGAAGAACCGAGACGGGAACACGCCUCUGGACCUGGUGAAGGAUGGCGACACCGAUAUCCAGGACCUGCUGAGAGGAGACGCUGCACUGCUGGACGCCGCUAAGAAAGGCUGCCUGGCCAGGGUGCAGAAGUUAUGCAGCCCCGACAACAUCAACUGUCGGGAUACGCAGGGACGCAACUCCACCCCGCUGCACCUGGCAGCUGGCUAUAACAAUUUGGAGGUAGCAGAGUAUCUGUUGGAACAUGGAGCCGAUGUGAAUGCGCAGGACAAAGGAGGGCUUAUACCUUUACACAAUGCUGCUUCAUACGGGCACGUGGACAUAGCCGCCCUGCUGAUCAAGUACAACACAUGCGUCAACGCCACAGACAAGUGGGCGUUUACCCCCCUUCACGAAGCGGCCCAGAAGGGAAGGACUCAGCUCUGCGCCCUGCUACUGGCCCAUGGAGCCGAUCCCACUAUGAAGAACCAGGAGGGACAGACGCCGCUGGACUUGGCAACUGCUGAUGAUAUCAGAGCACUGCUGAUUGACGCCAUGCCACCAGAUGCCCUGCCAAGCUGUUUAAAACCACAGGCCACUGUGGUGAGUGCGACUGUGGUUGGUGCAGGUGCAGCAGGGGGCGUGGUCAUCUCUCCCUCUCCAUCCCCCUCCUGCCUGUCUGCAGCCAGCAGCAUCGACAACCUGACCACACCUCUCAGUGACAUCACAGUGGGCGGGGCCACUGGAACCGCUGACGGAGCAUCCGGGUCUGACAGAAAGGAAGGGGAAACUCUGCUUGACAUGACUAUCAACCAGUUCUUAAAGAGCCUGGGGCUCGAACACCUCCGAGACAUCUUCCAGCGGGAACAGAUUUCGCUGGAUGUGUUGGCAGACAUGGGUCACGAGGAGCUGAAAGAGAUCGGCAUCAACGCUUACGGUCACAGACACAAACUCAUCAAGGGCAUCGAGAGGCUGCUGGGAGGCCAGCAAGGUGCAAACCCAUACCUGACGUUCCACUGCUCCAGCCAGGGCACUGUGCUGAUCGACCUUGCACCGGAUGACAAGGAGUUCCAGUCUGUGGAGGAGGAGCUACAGAGCACUAUCAGAGAACACCGCGAUGGAGGCAACGCAGGCGGAGUCUUCAGUCGGUACAACAUCAUUAAGAUUCAGAAGGUGGUGAAUAAGAAGCUUCGGGAGAGAUAUGCACACAGACAAAAGGAAAUUGCAGACGAGAACCACAACCACCACAACGAGCGCAUGCUGUUUCAUGGUUCCCCCUUCAUCAAUGCCAUCAUCCAUAAGGGCUUUGACGAGCGUCACGCCUACAUUGGCGGCAUGUUUGGCGCCGGCAUCUAUUUUGCUGAGAACUCCUCCAAAAGCAAUCAGUAUGUGUAUGGGAUUGGUGGAGGCACGGGAUGUCCCACGCACAAAGACCGCUCCUGCUACGUGUGCCACAGGCAGAUGCUGUUCUGCAGAGUGACGCUGGGUAAGUCGUUUCUUCAGUUCAGUGCGAUGAAAAUGGCCCACGCCCCCCCUGGACACCACUCUGUUAUAGGUCGACCCAGUGUCAAUGGCCUAGCGUAUGCAGAGUACGUCAUCUACAGAGGAGAGCAGGCUUACCCAGAGUACUUAAUCACCUACCAGAUCGUGAAGCCAGAGAGUCUGGCCACGCCUGCUGCCCCAGCCGAACAGAAGUCCUAAAAUGCAUUCACAGCUGGAUUUGGAGAAGGCCAGACUGCAGUGGACUAGACCCACACUCUAAGAGGACUAGGACUGAACCAGGAGGCGUUUCAAACCUCAGACCCAAAAUUAGAGUCUCCAGAGCUGACCUUGAGGUGGGAGAGUUUGGAGUGUCGACUAGGCAGGAGGCAGACGAUCCUCGGGAGCAGACAUGGACAUGUCUAAAAAGAAGAAGAAAAAGAGGAUGAGGAGGCAGUGUCUUUGAGUUUUGGGGUAUGAUACAUGCACAGUCCAAAGCAGCAGACAGCAAAAAUCCAUCAGGCUCUGUAAUUAAUUGGAUCUAAUUUUGCAGGGAGAAAAUACAAAUUGUUUGAUCAAUGGAUCUGGAAGGAUACCACUAAGCCAAUUUUUUAAUUUGCAGGCCUGUGGCUUGAUCCUAAAAACAAUUAAGAGAGCAAUUAGAACAGGACGCAGUCCAAAGCAAGACAAACAUCAUUGAUUUUGCACCUUUGCAUCGCUCGUGUAUUCCACCCCGAGUUUUAAUGUGUUGUUUUGAUAUUGUGUCCUCUUUUGCCUUUGUGCAUUAUCCACAGCAACAAAACAACACCCUGAGGCCACCUCCAGAAACGGCAAUUGUCAUGCUGAGGGAACAGAAAUCGCAGCACAUUUUACAUUACAGCUUGUCACAUUUUCACCAAUGGGGACACAGUUCUCCGUGUUGGCUCACAUCCUUCCUGCUGUAAACAAAGACGAAACGAUGAAAUGUGCGUGAGCACGGAGAAGUAAAAGAGAUUAACUGUGGACAAAUACCCAGAAGUCAAUAAGCUGAAAACAAACAGGAGACCACAAUCCACUGCUGCUACCAGUGCUGGCUGCACACUUUCCACUACAAGUCAUACCAGAACCAAUCCAGUUCAUAUCCAUAGUGAAGAGAAAUGUGGACAUUACUUAUAUAGUUUUAGAGGUUGUGGGGUUAAGGUUAACUUGGCCUGAAAAUCCAAAUUUUGGCAACGCUGAGUUGGGCCAAGUGAGCAGCAACCACAAUAGCUGAGUGUGAUAGGCUGAGACACCUGUCAAUCAAGCAAACACAUCAUUCUCUGAGCCUUAAUUUCUUCUAAAUGAAACAGAAUUUUUAAUUUACCAACAGCACACAUGAAAAGAAGUAAAAUGUGUUACCACCACUGAGAAUUUGAAGGUUUUUCAGAUGAGGGUUAGUAUUGACAUGGUGGUUGCAGCUCAGAUUAGACCAGUCCAAACUCUGUUACCAGAACCAGGAGGAUGGACCACAUGGGACCAGAUUGUGACACUGUUAUAUGUACAUGCAUAAACAUACACACAAUGAAUGCAAUUGUGUGUCCAACCCAGAUCUCUUAUAUUAAAAGGACCCAAAAGGAAAACAACAACACUGACUCCUUCAUCCUUCUCAGGACGGAGUGCUUGGUUAUAGUUAUUGCAAGAAAUGAUUUGGGGGACAAAGGUUGGCUUUUUCAUCCUGAUCUUGUCUAGUGCAGCUUGACAUUCACACCUCUCUGCUGCUGCAUCUGUGUGUCGCUCAUGCGCACUAACACCUGAGGCAUCUUUUCAUCUUGUGUUUUAAUGUCUCUCAACACAUUUUCCCUGUGUUGUUGUUUACAUGAACCUGCUGCCUCCUGGCCCCUUUCCUCUCUACCUGUAACUGUGGAUGCCCCCUAGUGGUGCAACAGAGGAAAUGCUGGCUUGUAGUAUUGAGUUGAAGAGUACAUAUAGUAUAACAGGAAGGCAUUUAUGUAGGGGUUCAUUUCUACACAUUUCUAUUUAUUUGUAUUUUUUCUGAGACAUAUUCCAUUUUCUUUUUCUUUGUAUUUCCACCUUUUUUUUGGAGUUGUUUUUUUAUUCUCCCGAGUUUACACUCCUCAGACAUUAAGAAAAUGUGAAGUGAGCCUUGUCACUGUAUCUUAGCGAGCCAUUCAGAGGUCUGGUUACAGGCUGUAAAGGCAUAUUUACAUAACCAGAAAUCUGCAGGUUGACUGAAGUUGAGGAUAAUGGAUCUGUUGUACAUAAAGAUGAGCUAUCACAUAUCUGUUUGGAAUAAACAUGUAUCGUGACGCACUUCCAUCUACGACAGACAACCGCAAGAUCAGCACACUCCUCACACUACGUACUGUAAGCUUGAACUGAUUUUUUUUUUUUUAACUACACUGACCAUGUUUUUCUGUUGAUAGUUUAUUAUUUAUGACUAUUGUUUUUAAAUGAUGACACUGUACACUACACAGGCCCAUGCAUGAGUUUAGUUUCUUUCAUGUUGAUCAUGUCAAAUCAAGUCAAUUGAGUGCUGAGGGUCUUGGGAAUUUCCAUGAAACUACAUGGAAUGGGAAGGAAAAUGGCCUUAAACAUUUUUAAAAAUAAAAACAUUGCCUUGAAACCAUUUUGAAACUAGAGUUUACCGAAAUAACGCAGUAGCAAAAGAGAGAGAGAGAGGGUUUAUAUCUGCUUGCUUAUGUCUGCUAUUUUUUGACAUCAGCUCGGGAAGAUCUGUUUUAGUUUGAACACAAAUCAAAUAUCAGACUCUAGACUGACAAAGCUGCUCUGCCAUUUGAUUUCUUUUUGUUUAUCCUGACUUGUUAGCAUUACAGUAUCUGCCACUCAAACUCAUAUUUCAGCUGAUUUGCACUUUGAAGGGAAGAUGAAGAUCUGAGUCAAGUCCAAACAAACAUUAAAUCCUUGUUCGAGUGUGAAGUGAGCUUAAAAUCUUUGUUUCCAUGAAAGCUGGAUGAUGUAUAGCUGCCCCUCAAACUAAUAAACUAAACCUUUUAGUAAGACUAUUUUCACGCUGUGACGUUUUCAUGUCAGCAUUUUUUCCCCUCAAAUUUGCAGCCCAUCUGAUAGCAAUAUUUUAUCCCAGUAGCAAUGAAUGAUAACAUAAAUUAUUUGUGCGGCCUCACAUUUCAACAAAUUACAGUGAUUCAUUGUCUGAGAAAUGAAAAGAAAAUUAAUUGAAACUGAAAAAUUAAAUGAAUAAGUAGACAGAACAACAACUGAUGAUUAAAGCCGAAUUGAGAAGAACUAAUAAGCUUGAAAUUAUAUUGUAAUGCCAACAAGUUUUCAAAAGGGAAAACUAAAGAGUUGCAGCACUGGCACACAACACAGUAUACACCACCCCUAUGUAAAGUAUGUUUUCCUGGCAUUUCACAAAAUGCUCAGAUCUCAAUUUUUUGUCAUUCAAAGUCAGUUUUGUCAGAAACCAACUAGAAUUUAACAUUUUCCUGUUUUAACACCUUUUGUGUCAACUGAUCAGUCUCUGCACUAGAACAGAGGUUUCAGAUGAAGUGGCAGCAUCACUAUCAGCACUGACAGAGCAGGUGGGGUUUAUGUUGUUGACCUCAAUAAGUUCAGCAACACUGUGUGAUUUAAUAGCAGAGAGCCUUUGUUUUAAACCAGACUGUAAAUAAACUAACUCCAGAUGGGCCUUUUAAUGGGUCUUUUAUGGAUGAUUUUGAGUUUAUUUUUCUUGUUUUUCCCCCCUUUGAAAGACUUUUCAAAGACUUUUUUAUGUGAUAACUAUUUGAAUUGUGUUUUAGCUGGUCUCGCUCUACUUAUCUGUAUCAAGAGCCAGUCGGUCAUCUUUUUGUAAAUAGUUUAAAGAGUGUGUGCGUGCGCAGAUGUGUGUUCAAUCAAUCCAUGUUUCACCUUGUGACCUGCCUUCUACCAAAAGCCACAAGUUUUCAUUAACACAUUUUCUCAUCAGUUAUGUUUGACAUCCUGUUGUACAGACAGUUGUACAGAGCUGCUGACCAGCUAACUUGGAACAGAGAAACUCCUCACUCUUGUACAGAAGAAAAUCCUUAAUAAAAGAAGUUAACAAAGA